AUGAGCACAUUGUUCCCUGCCAUGGAAAGAGCCAGCCCUGCUUGCUGGAGCCAGCCCGGUGGGACAGCAGAUAACAGGAGUUGGCAUCACAGGCUGCUGAGGCAUGAGGACAAUCACUACAACUGGACUGACUGUGAAGCCAGUCACUUGAGCAAAGUCCCUGUCACGCUGCUCAUCUGCCUCUGCGGGCUGGUGGGGAACGGGGCCGUCCUCUGGUUCCUCGGCUCCCGCGUCCACAGGAACCCCGUCACCGUCUACGUCCUAAACCUGGCCGUCGCCAACUUCACCUUCCUCCUCUCCAUUGCCAUUGGCCUUGUGAUUUUUUACGGCCCCGAGAGCAUUUGUCACAGGCUGGGCUCACGGGACAUGACAACUGUGUUGAACAUUACCAUGCUCUUCGCUUUCACCGCCAACGUCUACCUCCUGACAGCCUUCAGUGCCAUGACGUCUCUGUCCGUCCUCCCCCCGGCCCGCUGCCCCUGCCACCGCUCCCGGCGCUUGCCAGUGUUCGUGUGUGCCCAGCUCUGGGCCCUCUCCUUCCUGCUCACUGUGACCCUACAAGACCCUGCGGCACUCGUUGUCUUCGUCCUGAGCUACCUCUUAUCGGUGCUCAUCCUGAUUUUUUCUGGUCUAACCCUGCUUGCCAGGGUCUUGUGCUGUUCAUGGCAAUAUCCUCCAAGGAAGCUCUGUGUUGUGGUCCUGCUAGCUGUCAUCUUCUUCCCCUUCUUCACUGCUGAUUUUGGUUACUGGCUCUUGCUAAGACUGUUUGAUUUUUCUGUUUUUGUCUUUGACACCUCUCUCCCGUUCGCCUGCGUGAACAGCAGUAUCAACCCUGUUAUUUACUUCUUGGUUGGGAGCUGUGCAAAGAAGUUCACGCUCUCUGUUAGGGUUGCUUUCCAGAGGGUUUUUGAAGAUGUAACGGAGCCCCCAAAUAGAGGCGAAGCUCCCAGAGAAAAUACAGUGGAGUCAGCUGUUUAA